AUGUUUCUCGCGUGGUUUGAAGCAAAUCGUCAGUAUGUAAGCGGUCGCGAUCUAACAUAUGCUGAAUUUCCAACAAGAUUUACUUAUGAGAAGAAGGACAAACAGUGGCAGCCACGUAAACUAGGAUAUCAAAUUGGAAGGCUUCAUUACACGCCGCCUGAUAUAUGGGAGUUGUACUACAUGAGGAUACUAUUGACCGUUGAGUUGUACUACAUGAGGAUACUAUUGACCGUUAAGAAGGGCUGCAUGAGAUAUAGAUGCAUAAAAACGAUUAAUGGACAUACCUAUGACACGUUCCAGGAAGCACGCUCUGCUUUAGGAUUACUUGAUGACGACAGAGAGUUUAUAGAUGAUAUCACGGAAAAUGGAAAACGGACGUCGCUUACUGACUUCAAAUCUAUGCCCAGGCCAAACGCGGCAGACAUGCCAACUUUCACAAACAAGCUUAUCAUUGAUGAGCUAAAUUACAACAAAGUUGAAUUGAAAAAGACACACGUUGAUAUGUUACUGAUGCUGACUGAUGAACAAAGAUGUGUGCAUGACAAGAUCAUGGAGUCUGUUGGUUAUGACGACAAUGGUUUCUUUUUCUUAUAUGGUUACGGUGGUACUGGAAAAACCUUUAUAUGGAAAAGAUUGUCGGCUGCUGUUAGAUCGAAGGGGUUAAUUGUAUUGAAUGCUGCAUCCAACGGUAUAACGGCUCUUCUAUUACCAGGUGGAAGAACCGCGCACUCCACGCCGACAGUCCCUAUUGAGAUUAAUGAGGCGUCAUCGCUUACGAUGGAAAAGGAUAGUCCUAGGGCAGACCUGGUGCGUGCUGCAAAGUUGAUAAUUUGGGAUGAGGCUCCAAUGAUGCACCGAUGGUGUUUUGAGGCAGUUGACCGAUCAUUGCUUGAUAUCAUGUCCAAGAAUGAUCCCCUAAACGCACUUAAACCUUUUGGUGGAAUGGCAGUAGUUUUAGGUGGUGAUUUUAGGCAGAUAUUGCCUGUUGUCCGAGGAGGAACGAGGCCAGAUAUUGUUGAUGCCUCGGAAGAAAUUGCUAAUUUUUGCAAGUGGAUACUCUCAAUUGGAGACGGCAACGAUGCUUCGGGUGACAAUGGUGAAAUGAAGGUAGAAAUUCCUGAAGAUUUGCUGAUAUCAGACACAACAAAUCCGUUGAUGUCACUUAUAGACUUUGUGUAUCCCGAUCUGAAUGAUAACCUUGGUGACCAACUAUUUUUCCAAGAAAGGGGAAUACUCGCACCCACGCUUGAUUCAAUUGAGCAUGUUAACGAAUUUAUGAUGUCGCUGAUUCCAGGUGAAGAGAAAGAGUAUUUAACCUCUGAUUCUAUUUUUAGAUCGGGUGAAUAUUCUGAUGUCCAAAGCGAGUGGUUCACACCAGAAUUUCUUAAUGGUAUUAAGAGCUCUGGAAUUCCAAAUCACAGGUUGAAACUAAAGGUGGGAUGUCCAGUUAUGCUGUUGAGAAACAUCGAUCAGGCCAAUGGACUGUGUAAUGGUACUAGGCUGACAGUUAUACAUCUAGGGAAGAGCACGAUAACUGCUACCAUAUGUCUCAGAGGCCUGGCAGAGUUAGAGGAUGGAGGGAGUCCUCUACUAGUAGUGCACGGAGAGAAAAGGAAGCACAACGCCCUCCUCAAGGAGGAGGAGGAGUCAUAG